AUGUCAAACAAUAAUUGUAGAUACCUGGAAGUGCUAGAUCUCGGAAGAAACAAGUUCUUUGAUGAAUUUCCGCAUUGGUUGGGAAAUUUACCAAACUUGCAUGUCCUAAUCUUGCAAUCCAACAAAUUUCAUGGAUCGAUCGUGACUUCCACGACCAAAUUUCCCUUCCCCAUGUUGCGAGUUCUCGAUAUGGCGAACAAUAAUUUCACUGGUCCAUUGCCCAUAAAGUACUUCAAAAGUUUCAAAGCAAUGAUGAACGUGGAUGAGCAUUUUGAUUUGGAGUACAUGGGAACUCGUCGUUAUUAUGAUUCUCUGACAUUAGUAAUCAAAGGAUCGACCAUUGAAAUGAAAAAAAUCCUUAAAGUUUUCACAGCCAUUGAUUUAUCAAGGAACAAGUUUCAGGGUGAGAUUUCUAGGAUCAUCGGUGGGCUAAAUUCGAUUCAAGGACUGAACUUAUCACACAACAGCCUCACAGGUCAUAUACCAGAGUCGCUUGGUAAUUUGACAAAGCUGGAAUGGUUAGACCUCUCAUCAAACAAGCUCACUGGGGAGAUCCCUCGACAACUCACGAAUUUAACCUUUAUUAGAAUGCUCAACCUUUCGCUGAAUUGCCUAACGGGGCCUAUACCUCGAGGCAAACAAUUCAAUACAUUUUUGAAUGAUUCUUACAUCUACAACUUGGCGUUAUGCGGACCUCCAUUGUGUAAUACAUGUGGCAAUCCUAAGGCAACACAGCCACCACUGUCGACAUUCGAAGAAGAAGAUUCAGAGCCUGUGAGUGGAUUUGGUUGGGAAGUCAUAUUGCCAGGGUAUGGAUUUGGACUGGUAGUUGGACUUGUCAUGGGAUAUCUUAUGUUCUCCUUCGGUAAACCUCAAUGGCUUGUGAAGGUGGUUGAAGGUGUAGGAAACAGAAACGAAAAGAGGCUGAAAAGCAAUGCUCGGAGACGUGGAGGCAGGAGAAAUUAGCAAGAUGCGAACGGUAUUGUAUGAUACGGUGGAAGAGGCAUGAAUCUCUUGCAAGUCUCAGAUAACCAUUUCUCUGAGGAAAAACUUUGAUUGUAGGAGGUUGAUCUGAUGGGAGGUGGGAAUAAAAAAAGCACAGCAAAGUGAGAAGCUUUGUUCUUCGGAUGAUUCAGUCCAUAACUACUUUGCUUUCUUUACAAAAUUUCAUUGUUAUGUAUUACAUAAACGUUUUUGUAUCCCCUUCCGGUCUUGGAAGGAAGAAGAGAAAAUACACAUCUAAAUAAAUGGAUUCAAAUAAUGAAUGCCAUUUAUAUCCAAAUGGAUCGAACAUAGGCAAAUGCUAACAUAGAUGCUAUAGAAAGUCUGUUAGGAAAUAUUUUGGACCAAAAGACUUUCAUGCCCAAGUCAAUUGGAAGAACCAUCCAAUGAUCAAGCCAUUUUAGCCUUGUUUGGCUUCAGGCUUAGAAACUGUAGUAGUUUUUCUUAUUUCUGUAAAUUUGAUAUAAAAACGCCGUAUGGUAUUGAUUUGUAGGAAUAUCAGUCAAGAUAAAAAAUUAUAACGGGCAUGGUGUGAAACCGAAUUGCUUGUACGACAAACAAGACUAAACUCAACUCUUCUAAAAGAUGAUGCUUCAAACCUUAUGUCUCCCAAAAUAACUUACUACCAAGGAGCCAAAGCAUUUUCUAGAAACUUCCUGACUGAAUCCGGAAUAUGAAGUCCUUGAAGGUGUUGUCUUCCUCUCAAUACGAAUUCCAGUGAUCCAUUCCUAUGUCUAACAGGAACCUUACGCGAUCACUUGGCUACAAUUCGCAGACAAUAAAUUGCAUGGUAUAUAUGCUCCCAUCAUCAUUGCCAAAACUGAAAAAUCUGAUUAGUUUUAUUCUGAGCUUUUUAUCACUAGGUACAGAAAAUUGCACCUUAAUUCCCAUUAAGGUACAACAGUCUUUCUAAUUACCGCCAAAUCUAGGCAUGUGCUGAGAACGUCAGAGAAC